AUGGAUCAAUUCAUUCGUUCUGUAGGAUUGGGUCGUUUGUCCAAUGUCUAUAUUACAUUUGCAUUCGAACAAUCAUCCCAAUCCUACAGAAAAAUGGAUAGAAUCUACUCAUUAAUAAUUAUCUUUUUAAUUUGUUUAAAGAAAAGAAAAAGAGAUAAGAGUACAAAUAGAUCAUUUUUAUUCCAAACAAAAAGAACAUAUCAUACAAUGUUUCAUUCAGAGUAUGAAUCGAGACUAAAGUCUCCUUCUAGAUCAUCACCUUCCAAGACAAAGAAUAUGACUCCCUCUUCUUCCUUGACCCCUUCCUCUUCCUCGAUAUACCAAGACCUCAUUCGAGAAAACCCUCCCAUAGCUCCCCCAAACUUUUAUUCUUGUAUUCAAGAUCCAUCAUCUAAUAACAAUAACAAUAACAACCAAGAAGAAGAUGAAAAUACAAACUAUAAUAAUAAUAAUAAUAAUAAUAAUAAUAAUAAUAAUAAUAAUAAUAAUAAUAAUAAUGUUAAACUCAUUAGUAAACAAUCUAUUCAUUUUGCCAAUGAAGAUACUUAUGGCGAUCGUUUUAUUCCGGUUCCGGUUGGCACCGAAUCGCAUUGUAAAUUUUCAACCAUCGAUUGCAAUUCACCUCGAAAAGGAGGUGGAGAUAAACUAUCAUUGAACCAACAACAACAACGUAGUAACAACCAUAUUAAUCAUAUCAACAACAACAACACCAACAAUAAUAUCAAUAACAAUAAUAAUACUAAUCAUCUUUUAAAUGGACAAUCAAACAAUAACAAUACUGGUGGAUUAUUAAAUGGUAAUGGUUCAAAUGGUAGUUAUAAUAAUGGUGGUUUAAACAAUCCAAGAGAUGAAAGAACCUUUGCAUACAAUCUUAUUUUAAAGAAUGAGAUAUUGGGAUCACACUCUUCUCCAUUGCUAUCAAUGGAUCAAUCAUCUGCCAUACGUUCAUUUGACCCAUUUUCCACAAAUAAUAUCCUUCAUACCCUCUCUUCAUCCGUCGCAACCUCCUCCUCAUCCUCCUCCUCAUUGUUGUCUGUAAAUAGCGUAUCCCUCACCUCACCCACCUCUCACUCUGCCUCUACCACUGCACCCAUCAUAUCUUCACCGUCGCCGUUGUUGAUCAACAGCUGUCUCUUGUCUCCAUCAUCAAUGCAACAACAACAACAAGAGCCAUCUAUCCUACAAUUCAAAUCAAAGAGUCGUGCUAGUAGUAGUGCGUGUUUGGAUGUUCACUCACCCUACUCUUUGUCUCCACUCAGUGGCAACUCUCAAAAGUUAUUGUCGUCUCCGCGCAAACCUCAACGCAAGAUCUCCAAAGUGCCAUUCAAGGUACUGGAUGCACCCGCUAUUUCAGACGACUUUUACCUCAACCUUGUCGACUGGAGCAGCCAAAACGUGCUCGCUGUCGGCCUUGAAAAGAGUGUCUAUUUGUGGAACGCAGUCAACAGCCAAGUAUCCAAGUUGUGCGACUUUUCACAAGAUGACAAUGUCACCUCGGUCAGUUGGAUCGAGCGCGGUACACACCUGGCUGUCGGCGGCAACGACGGUAUUGUUCAAAUCUGGGACGUGACCAAAAAGAAAAAGAUCCGCGAGCUCCAAGGCCACUCGGCACGUGUCAACACGAUGGCCUGGAACAGCCACCUCCUCUCCACCGGCUCCAAAGACCGCUCCAUCCUCCACCACGACGUUCGUGACAGUUCCAACUAUGUCUGCAAGCUACUCGGCCACCGCAACGAGAUUUGCGGUCUCAAAUGGUCCCCAGAUGGCCAACAACUUGCAAGUGGUGGAAAUGAUAAUCUACUAUGUGUUUGGGAUCAUUCAAUGAAUCAAUCAUCUUAUUUAAAUAAUAAUAACAAUAAUAAUAACAAUAAUAAUUAUAACUAUAGUAGUAGUAGUAAUAAUAAUAGUAAUUAUAGUAAUAAUAAUCAAAAUAAUAAUAGUAGUAGUUUUUCAUCGCCAUCAUCAUCAAACUCAAUUUGUAACAAACCAUUGUAUCAAUUUAAAUUUCACAAUGCAGCAGUCAAGGCUAUUGCAUGGUCACCACAUCAAAGAGGAUUAUUGGCAUCGGGUGGUGGAACACAUGAUAAGUGUAUUCGCUUCUGGAAUACUGGUACGGGUGCAUCGUUGCAGUCAAUUGACACGGGUUCGCAGGUAUGCAACUUGGCGUGGUCCAAAAACGUCAAUGAACUCGUCAGCACACACGGAUACUCGCAAAACCAAAUCACUGUGUGGUCGUACCCCAGCAUGACCCCUGUCACUACUCUUAUUGGCCAUACUAGUCGUGUAUUGUAUCUUGCCGUGUCCCCCGACGGCACCUCGAUCGUCACUGGCGCCGGCGACCAAACCCUCCGUUUUUGGAAUCUUUUCCCAAGUUCAAAAGAAAGUUCCGUCUUUUACAACUCUCCAAAUUCUCUAGACACCCUUUAUAAAUCAGAGUUGGGAAUCAUUAGAUAA